AUGGUGUUCGACGCGGCCGCCGGCAGCGGCGCCGGGUCGCCGGCGGCGGCGCCGAAGGGCCCGCUCCGCGUCAUCUUCACGCCGUGGUUCGCGCGGCAGGUCGCCGUGGGGCGGUGGUUCACGGUGUUCGCGAGCUUCGCCAUCCUCACGGCGUCGGGGGCGACCUACAUCUUCAGCAUCUACUCCAAGACGCUCAAGUCGUCGCUGGGGUACAACCAGCAGACGCUCAACACCAUCUCCUUCUUCAAGGACCUCGGCGCCAACCUCGGCGUCUUCUCCGGGCUCAUCAACGAGGUCACGCCCCCGUGGGUCGUGCUCGCCAUUGGCGCCGCCAUGAACCUCGUCGGCUACCUCAUGGUCUACCUCGCCGUCGACGGCCGCACCGCCCGCCCGCCCGUCUGGCUCGUCUGCCUCUACAUCUUCAUCGGCGCCAACUCGCAGUCCUUCGCCAACACCGGCGCGCUCGUCACCUGCGUCAAGAACUUCCCGGAGAGCCGCGGCAUCGUGCUCGGGAUACUCAAGGGCUUCGUCGGCCUCAGCGGCGCCGUCUACACGCAGCUCUACCUCGCCUUCUACGGCGACGACACCAAGUCGCUCAUCCUCCUCAUCGCGUGGCUGCCGGCGGCCAUCUCCGUCGUGUUCGUGCACACCAUACGGAUCAUGCCGUACCCGCGCCGCCGCGGCGGGCAGGAGACCAGCGGCGACCCCUUCUUCUGCUUCCUCUACAUCUCCAUCGCGCUCGCCUGCUACCUGCUCGUCAUGAUCGUCGUGCAGAAGCAGUUUACCUUCUCCCACGGAGCCUACUCCAUCGCCGCCGCAGCGCUGCUCAUCGUCCUCUUCCUCCCGCUCUGCGUGGUCAUCAAGCAGGAGUACAAGAUUUACCGCGAGCGCGAACUGGAGGCCGCCCUCCUCGCCAACGACCCGCCGCCAACCAUCACGGUGGCUGGCGAGCCAGCACAGGUCGAAAUGUCCACCGGCGCCAAAGCAGAGCAGCAGGCAUCGUCGGAGCAGCCGCCGCCCUCUUCGUGCUCUUUCGGCGGGUGCGUGAAGAACAUGUUCCGGCCGCCGGCGAGGGGGGAGGACUACACGAUCCUGCAGGCGCUGGUGAGCGUGGACAUGCUGGUGCUGUUCGUGGCGACCAUCUGCGGCGUCGGCGGCACGCUGACGGCGAUCGACAACAUGGGCCAGAUCGGGCAGUCGCUGGGGUACCCGGCCAAGAGCAUCAACACCUUCGUGUCCCUCAUCAGCAUCUGGAACUACGCCGGCCGCGUCACGUCAGGCUUCGCCUCGGAGGUCUUGCUGGAGCGGUACAAGUUCCCCCGCACGCUGAUGCUCACCGGCGUGCUCCUGCUCGCCUGCGCCGGGCACGUCCUGAUCGCGCUCGGCGUGCCGCAGUCGCUCUACGUGGCGUCCGUGAUCAUCGGGUUCUGCUUCGGCGCGCAGUGGCCGCUCGUGUUCGCCAUCAUCUCCGAGGUGUUCGGGCUCAAGUACUACUCCACGCUCUACAACUUCGGCGGCAUGGCCAGCCCCGUGGGGUCCUACAUCCUGAACGUGCUGGUGGCCGGGAGGCUCUACGACGCGGAGGCCGACAAGCAGCCCGGCGGCGGGUUCACGGCGGGAGGCGGGCGCGACAAGGUGUGCCUGGGGGUGGAGUGCUUCAAGCGGUCGUUCCUGAUCAUCGCGGCGGCCACCGUGUUCGGCGCGCUGGUGUCGCUGGUGCUGGUGUGGAGGACGUGGAGCUUCUACAAGGGGGACAUCUACGCGAGGUUCCGGGACGGCGCCGGCGAGAGACACGACGGCCGCCUGCCCGUCGGCCAAGGCCGGAAGCCGGCGGAGGAGGAGUCAUCCCCAGUCAAUGCCACAAAGCGACAGUGA